AUCGCCCCCUCUCCUCCCCGUCUUCCACACCCACAACACCAAAAAAUGGCACCCGUCGGCACGCUCUGGCACGUCGAGUCUAUGUGGCAGUCCGUCUCCAUCAAGUCGGUUGCUGCCCUUACCAACCAGGAGCUCGCCUACCCCGAGUCCUAUACCCACUUUGAGACCAACAAGACCCCCGAGUUCCUUGCCAAGUUCCCCCACGGCAAGAUCCCCGCCCUCGAGCUUGCCGAUGGCAGGUCCGUCACCGAGGGUGUUGUCAUUGCCCAGUACCUUGCCUCCCUUGCCCCCAACUCCGGUCUUCUUGGCCAGUCCAAGGAGGACGAGAUCGAGGUUGCCCAGUGGAUCCACUUCAUCGAGAGCGAGAUCCAGACCUACAACCAGUUCCAGUUCCAGCUCGUCAUGGGCUUCCUCGCCCCUUACGCCAAGCCCAUCCGUGACACCUUCCACGAGCGCGCUCUCCGCGGCCUCAUGACCGUCGAGACCCACCUCGCCACCCGCACCUACCUCGUUGGCGAGCGCCUCACCCUCGCCGACAUUGUCCUCGCCGCUGUCAACCGCCGCUCGUUCGACUCCUUCAUUGACGCCCUCACGCGCGCCAAGCUCGUCAACACCCUCCGCCACUUUGAGACGGUCUCCAACAAGCCCGCUCUCAAGCCCAUCUUUGGCAGCAUCACGUACGCCGAGACCGCUGUCCAGUUCAAGCCCCCCGCCAAGGAGAAGAAGGAGCCCAAGCCCGCCCCCGCCCCCAAGGCUGCUGCUAAGCCCAAGGCGGCGGAGGAGGAAGAGGAGGAGUCGUUCGCUGAUGAGAAGCCCAAGGAGAAGAACCCCCUCGACUUGCUCCCCAAGUCCAACUUCAACCUCGAGGACUGGAAACGCGCAUACUCCAACAAGGAAACGCGCGGUGCUGGUGGCGCGCUGGAGUGGUUCUACGAGAACUUCGACAAGGACGGCUUCUCCGUCUGGCGCGUUGACUUCAAGUACAAUGAGGAGCUCACACAGGUGUUCAUGUCGUCGAACCAGAUCGGUGGCUUCUUCAACCGGCUGGAGGCGUCGCGCAAGUACUUGUUCGGCUCUGUCGGCGUGCUCGGCGAGAACAACGCGUCCGUGAUCUCGGGCGCGUUGAUCCUCCGUGGCCAGGAGGCCAAGCCCGUCGUGGAGGCUGCGCCCGAUUGGGAGAGCUACGAUUACAAGAAGCUCGAUCUGUCGAACGAGGAGGACAAGAAGUUCUUCGAGGCUGCUCUUGCUUGGGAUCUCGAGGUUGACGGGAAGGCGUGGAAGGAUGGCAAGAACUUCAAGUAAGAGGUUCGCAGUCAAAAUGUAGCAUUUACAGUAGCUGGUGUACGACUUGUAGACUCUUUCCUUACGUCUCUUUUGCCUUGUUGUCUUUUGGUAUUUUUAGUUAGCAGAUCGACAGCUUUGGUUGGAUAUUUUUGUCCACCGCGAGCACCCCGUGCGAGGGCCGCUUUUGACUAUGUCACAUUGAAUGCGU